AUGCUUGUCGGGCCAGCUAAGGCACUUUUCAUGGAUGAGAUAUCCACUGGAUUAGACAGUUCUACAACUUUCCAAAUUGUGAAAAUGCUUAGACAAUACGUGCACAUUAUGAAAGGAACUGCUUUUAUCUCCCUCCUGCAGCCGGCACCGGAGACAUAUGAUCUAUUUGACGACAUCAUUCUCUUGGCUGAUGGCCAGAUUGUCUAUCAGGGUCCUCGAGAACUAGUGCUCGAGUUUUUUGAAUCCAUGGGCUUUAGAUGCCCCGACAGGAAGGGUGUGGCUGAUUUCUUGCAAGAAGUGACAUCAAAGAAAGAUCAGCAGCAAUACUGGGCGAAGGAUGAGCCUUAUAGGUUCAUCACUGUCAGUGAAUUUGCUGAGGCAUACCAGUCAUUCCAUGUAGGCCGGAAAGUUGCAGACGAGCUUUCAGUUCCAUUUGAUAAAAGCAAAGGCCAUCCGGCUGCUUUAACUACCCAAAAGUAUGGUCUUGGAAUGAAAGAGCUCCUGAAGGCUUGUGCUGACAGAGAACUCUUACUGAUGAAAAGAAACUCAUUUGUUUAUUUCUUCAAACUUUUCCAGAUUACUAUAAUGUCAUUGAUUGCAAUGACUGUCUUUUUCCGAACUGAGAUGCACAAAAAUGAUGAAGCUGAUGGAGGAGUGUAUCUUGGUGCCUUAUUUUUCAGUGUUGUUAUGGUUAUGUUCAAUGGAAUGUCAGAGCUCGCCAUGACAAUUUAUAAACUUCCCGUCUUCUACAAACAAAGGGACUAUCUCUUUUUUCCUGCAUGGGCAUAUGGCCUUCCAUCAUGGAUCCUGAAAAUCCCGAUCACUUUUAUUGAAGUUGGGAUUUGGACAUUUCUCACAUACUAUGUUAUUGGAUUUGAUCCGAAUGUAGGAAGACUAUUUAAGCAGUAUAUGCUGCUCUUACUUCUCCAUCAAGCGGCAUCAGCAUUGUUCAGAUUCAUUGGGGCAGCGG